CAGAGUAUGAGCUUGGGUAAUUCAUUUGGUCUCAAUUUCUUUCACUCAUUACUAAAUUCACAGCUUCAAACUAAAACAGUGAAAUCUUCUUUGCUUGUUUUCCGCCAAUUACUACAAUCGAAUCUAAAGCCAUAUGAUUUCACUUUCUCUCUUCUCAUCAAAGCCUUAGCUUCAUCUUUCUCUGCUUCAAAUUCAUUAAAAUCCAAGCUAGAAGCCAAUCAAAUUCAUACCCAUCUAUUUAAAUCCGGUAUUGUUCAACUUACAUACGUUAGAACGGGUCUUCUGAUCUUUUGUAUUAACUUGGGUUGCAUUCAAAGUGCUCGCUUUCUGUUUGAAGAAAUGCCUGACAGGGAUGUUGUUGCUUGGAACGCUUUGAUUUCAGGGUACUCAAAAAAUGGUUAUGAUUUGUUGGCUUUUAGUCUUUUCAUUGAAAUAGUUAGAGAAGGGUUUAGGCCUGAAGCUAAGACGUUGGUUGGUUUGGUUCCGUUUAGUGGGAGGCUUGAGUUAGUGUUUAAAGGGAAAUCUAUUCAUGGACUUGGAGUUAAAGCCGGGUAAGAUAGGGAUUCCAAGGUGAAAAAUGCGCUUACUUCGAUGUAUGCAAAAUGUGGGGACUUGGAAGGGGCAGAAAUUUUGUUUGGAGAAAUGGUAGAAAGAAAUGUAGUUUCUUGGAAUACUAUGAUUGGUGCUUAUGGACAAAAUGGUUCCUCUGAUGAAGCCAUGGUUUUUUUCAAGAAAAUGAGAGCGCAAGCUGUGGAAGCAAAUUCUGUAACAGUUAUGAGCCUUCUAUCUGCUAAUGCAGAACCUGAAACUAUCCAUUGUUUUGCUAUUAAAACUGGUAUUGUCAACAAUGCUUCUGUAAUUACUUCUUUAGUUUGCGUAUAUUUGAAAUGUGGAGAUAGUGAGUCAGCUGAGUUGCUUCAUAAGUCGUUAUCGCAAGAAAAUUUGGUAUCCUUGACUGCUCUUAUUUCUAGCUAUGCUGAGAAAGGGAACAUGGAUAAGGUGGUAGCAUGCUUUGCUCGGAGUCGGAAACUCAAUAUGGAACUUGAUGCAGUUGCAAUGGUUAGCAUUCUCCAUGGGGUAAAAAAUCCUGCUUACAUUGCUAUCGGGCUUGCUUUUCAUGGUUACGGAAUAAAGACUGGUCUAACCAUACAUUUUUUGGUUGCAAAUGGGCUAAUAAGUAUGUGUUCCAGGUUUAAUGACGUUGAAGCUAUAUUCUCUCUGUUUUUUGAGAUGCAAGAAAAAACAUUAAUCAGUUGGAAUUCAAUAAUAUCCGGCUGUGUGCAGGCUGGAAGAGCUGGUGAUGCCAUGGAGUUAUUUUUUCAAAUGAAGUUGCACGGACAUGUACCAGAUGCCAUAACCAUUGCUAGUAUGCUAUCUGGGUGUUCACGAUUGGGUUAUUUACGUUAUGGUAAAAAGCUUCACAGUUUUAUCCUCAGGAAUAACAUAAAAAUGGAUGAUUUUAUUAGUACUGCUCUUAUAGACAUGUAUGUAAAGUGUGGAAGCAUUGAGCUAGCUGAAAGAGUCUUCUGGGGCAUCAAAGAGCCAUGUUUGGCAACAUGGAAUACAAUGAUUACAGGGUACAGCAUAUCCGGAUUUGAAAACAAAGCACAUAAUCAUUACGCUGAGUUGCAAAAAGGAGGGCGAAAACCUGAUAAAAUCACAUUCUUGGGUGUUUUAGCAGCUUGUAUCCAUGGUGGCAAUGUUGAUAAAGGAAGAAGAUACUUACAGAUAAUGACCGAAGAAUUUGGUAUAUCACCAAGUCUUCAACACUGUGCAAGCAUGGUUACACUCCUUAGCGGUGGUGGCCACUUUGAGGAAUCAUUAUUAUUCAUCGGGAAUAUGGAAUUCGAUCCUGAUUCUGCAGUGUGGGGAGCUUUGCUCGAUGGCUGUUGCAUCCACCAAGAGGUCAAACUUGGGGAAUAUUUAGCCAAGAAAUUGUAUCUCUUGGUUCACACAAAUGGUGGCUUUUAUGUGUUGAUGUCAAAUAUUUAUGCUUCUAAAGGGAUGUAUGAUGUAGUUAGAGUGAGGCAGAUUAUGAAGGACACUGGAGGGGAUGGCUCUUCAGGAGCUAGCCUGAUUGAGUUGACUUCAUAAUCUUGCCAUGCCAGAAGACCCAGGAAUGAUACUAAUAGCCUGUAACCCUAAACCCAUCUCUCAAAACUCCAUCUUGCUCUUUUAUCAAGAUGUUGAACAUUAAUUUAACGGUCAGCAAGAAGAAGAAGAUGGUGAAGAGAGUAACAAGGAGGAAAAUGAGGAAACUUGGUGGGUUUUAAAGGUUGGUAACAGAAUUAAAGUGAAACUUGGGGUGGAAAUGC